AGGAGGAGAUGAACAAAGUGAAAAAGCUUCAGGGGAGCUUGCUAGUAAGGAAUCCCUUUAACUAAUUUAUACAAACCUUCAGGAGAGGGAGCUUAUAAGUUUAGCUUCGGUAAUCACCGGAAACCAAACUAAACAUCGCUGGUCCUACGCAAAUGAGAUCAGCAGUGAGGAUCCUCAUAAUGGCCGAGCUCCAGUGAAGUUGUCGCCGGCAAGUUUUCUUCGGUGAGCCAAGAAACCGCUGGAUAAUAGAGGACUUUUGUAUUUUCUUAACUCUUAUUUAGUGUAAUUCCUGCCUAUGUUGACUUUCAGAAAAUCAUUUAUUAAAUAUUUUUUUAAUUCUUUCUUUUAGAUCCAUGAUUCUAUCAAGUUCUCAAUCAUAAAAAGAAAAUAUAGCAAACUAUCUGUUCCAAUUUACAAUAAUCCAUUGAUCCUUAAGCUACGCAGUGGAUAUGAAUUCCAUCAAUAGAAUUGAAUCUGUCGUAUAAACUUGCAUAAACAUAAUUAAGUCUAAUCUAAGUAGGAAAUUCAACCAAAUUGAAUCCCUUAAUUGGAACAAGUCUUCAAAAGUUUGAAUUUUUUUAAAUAUUUAGUCACAUAUAGAAAUGAAUCUUAGCUGGCUCAUUUGUUUGAGGCAACCCAUUAGCAAAUUAACAAUUAGCCUUUUGUCUGUAAUUCUUGUUUUAAGUACUUAACUAGUAUACUAUAUUUUAAAUAUACACGAACUUGGUAUAAAAUCCAAUAAAAAUACAUAUAUCUAGUUUUCUUCAAUUCAAUGUUGGAAAGAAAAAAAAGAUAUCAUGUAAAAAAAUCUGAGACAAAACUACACCGCAUUUAAUCACCCAUUGGAAGAUAAAAUAACCAUUUCAACUCACAGCUAAAACCUUUUAUUAGCACUUUAAUUAGUCAAAAUAUUAUCUAUAUAAACAGAUCGAAUGUAGAGAGCAAGUCGUAAUACUCAACUUCUUCUCGAGAUAUUAUCAUUUUUGAUUCUCUCCCUGGCUGUUUGAUAAUCCUCUGUUUUCAUUGUUUCUGUUAACAUAACACUAGUUUUCAGAAAGUCAAUCUCUAAUUAUAUAACUUUUCUAAUAACUCGAGAAACAGAGGAAUUUAAGAAAAGGAAUGAUUUUUCUUAAGAUCAUUAUUAUUAUUUCCAAAUAUAUUUUUCAAUUUGUUCGUGGAACACACUGAUUCAUUUCCACCCAAUUUUUUUCUUUUGAAUGAUGUAAAAUUUUAUUCAUCAAAAAAAGCCAUUUGUUACAUCAAGUGCAUCAAAUUUUAAUUUCAACUUAUUUCAGUUAUAGUUUUCAUCUUUCGUUGUUGUUGAGUGUAACAAAACAGUGCAACUGUUGUUUUCCUUAUCUUUCGUUUGAAAAAAUGGCGUCUUUGGAAAUGGUUUCGACAAAGAUGUUCGAAUGUGUCCCGAGUGAUCGUAGCAAGGAAGAAAAGGAUCUCAAAGUUAUAGCCAGAGAUCAAUCCGAAAAUUUUCGUGUCUUUCCUGUGGAUGAUUCUGGAAGUAAACAAGAUGGAAAUGAGGUUCUUGAAUGUUCUUCAAGAACCUCUGUUUCCGAAACAGAGGAAGCUCAACAGAUUAUUUCUUCUCCAGAGACCAAUUCAAAUGCGUUUUAUAAUCUAGUUGAAACAGAGAACCCGUCAAGAAAUGAGAUCAUCAUGGGAGCUUCUUCUCUGGUUCAGAUUUGGGAAGCUAGGUCGCGACCGUCUAGCCCGACUCGAAAUCAUUUCUUCAUUGAUAGCUUAUUUUUUGAGUCUCUCAAUGACGAGGCAAGAAACAACGGUGAAGAAGUAGAUUGGUGUUUACAGUUAAACAUAUCAGAUUCUUGUGAGAAGGAGAGAGAAUCAAGAUGUUCACCUCCGUUGGUAAGGAUAAGAGGACGACAAGCAUUUGAAGAUUUCUUGAUGAUGAUUCUACGUGAAAGGAAAAAGUAUCUCAAAUGGAUCGCUGGUCUCACCGCGGUUUCGAAGUUCUCACCUCGUGGAUGCGAGCGUCUUCAGUAUAUGCUUAGGAUCAGAUCUUUUGAAAGGUGCAUCGCUAUGCAAGAAAGACAUCUGUUUAAAUCAUCAAAACGGUCUUCAAGAGGGUCAGGUGUGAUGAAUAAUCUCAGGUACAAGAAAAAUAUCGGGCAGCCGAAAAUCGCCAAUGAAGCUGUAUUGAGUGAAGAUACAAGCAACAAGAAUGGGUUAAAGAAACAUGAAACUGAGAGGAAAUAUACAGAAGAAGGAGAAGGGUCAGGAGAGACUACAGAGAAAGGUAUUGUAAUGGGAAGUGUAGAAACAAACAAUACAUUGAGUAUCGCGGAGAAAGUGAACCUGUGGGACUCUAAGGAGAGAAGCAAUAUGGGGAAAGCUAAAAACGAGGGAAAAGCUGCAAGAAGCGGUAUUGAUGUGGAGGUCACAGAGGUAAUCGAUAUAGAGACUGAUGGAUAUAGACUCAAUCCUCAAGACGUUACAUCAAUGAUUAGUUUGGAGAAAAGGAAGGAAGAAGAAAACGCGAGCAGAGUAUCUAGAGAGAGGCAUACUGAUGAAAUGUUUUCAAAGGACGAUGGAGAAACGUCGAAAGACAAGAAGCUAGAAGCAUCAGAAACAUUGUGUCUAGUCCUUGAGUCACCAAGAUUCCUAAAUAGUUGGGUUAAACAUGACAUGGAAGGCGAAGAUGAAUAUGAAGAUUACAGUGGAGAGAGUGUGAACUAUGAUUGGGUUAGCCACAUAUCGCGACCACGGAGUUAUUGGGACGAUCUAAGGAAAGAGAGGGAGCUGGAGAUCAUAAAAAAGCUUUCAAAGAAAGAUGAUAUUUUUCAGAAAUUAAUCAAGGAAAGGACAGUUUUUAGCUUCCUGACAAGCGAUUUUCGGAAAAAUAUUGAAAAAAUUCUGAUCUCACGGCCACAAAAAGGGUUAGAAGUAAAAGGCAAUCAUGUGGAUGGAGAAGCUAGUGAGGAGUGCUCAGCAGAAUACCAAGAAAAAGAAAACGAAACAGAGAGUGUGGAUCUUGAAAGUGUAAUUGUAUGUGAUGGUUUCAGCCAAGACUCAGCGAUGAAAACGUGGAGCUUCGAAGAUCAUGAACCCUACCUUAAGGAUCAUGAGAAUACCUCCUCUGAAACACAGAUGGUAUGUGGUCUCAUGGAAGAAGUUAAAAAGAUGCAAAGAGAAAUGCUCGAACUAAAAGGCUUUGUCAAAUCUUGCGUCGAUUUCCAGAAAUUCAAAUCAGCUUCAGUUUCAGAUUCUGUACAAGGAAAUUGUUCUGUCUGCUUCGAGAAGCCUAUAGACUCGCUUCUAUAUAGGUGUGGACAUAUGUGCACGUGUCUGAAAUGUGGCCAUGAGCUUCUAUGGAGUACUAAGAAAUGUCCGAUAUGUAUGGCUCCAAUUAUAGAUGUUGUCAGAGCAUUUCUUGAUUCUUAGGGCUCAAAAAACAAAUGAUAUAGAAAAUAAAACUAAAACUUUACUCAGUAUUGUAAAUUAUCAAUAAGGUGAAACAAUCUGAUUAUAUAUACUAAGCAAAGUAUUUUUUGUUGUUGCUAUGUUAUUAACUUUUCAUGUGUAUAAUAAGACUGGUGCUUCAGUUGAUGAUUUACGUCAUUAAAAUUAAUGUGUUGGCUAAAACCGUUGCAGAAAAAAACAUGAAAAUGAGAAUUAAGGGACCCGUUUGUAACGACUAGAGAUGUAAAUUGGAUAGAGACAAAGUUUUUUUGAUUGCCCAACAUCGGUUGGACAUAUCUCUUGAAGAGUUUCUUUCAGAGUGACAGAAAGUAAAUUUAUGCAGCCUGGAAAUCUAGUAAUCACCCACAUUUAAGCAUAUAUAUGUUCAUAUAUGGCAAAAAUUUGUCAAAACUAAUUAAUGACAAUAUACAUAUACAAAAGUAUGUUUAAUUCACAGAUUAAAACAAUAAUAAAUCACAAUAGAAGCUUUUUUUUUUUUGGAACUCUCACAAUAGAAGCUACAAGUUGUUUUUUUUUUGCUAAAAUAAUAGUUAUAACCUAUCAUUUUUUUAAAAGCGAUUCUUAGCAUUAUUCAUAACCAGACCACAUGAGUGAAAAGUGUUUCUUUACAUCUUUCUACAAUAUAUAUUACUAUCAUGCAAGACUAUAUAUAUAUAUAUAUCAUUAUUAAUAUAUUGAAGAAAAAUAGCAUGGUAUACGUAUAUGGGUCCGUAUACGGGCAACAAAAAAUUGUUUGGCCGAAGAAAUGAAUUAAGCAAAUGAAAACUAUUUUAAUUAAGCUAAAACUAUUUUAAGCUCUAUGUUAACCAAAAAAAAAAAAAGCUCUAUAGAAAGGAAACGAAACGCUUUUACAAAUAUUUAAUAUUUCGUUUAAAUGUUAAAUCAAGUCACAAAACUUUAUUUUAUAUGGUUUGUUGAUUAACACAUGGGAUGUCUCCUCCUCGUGAUUCCAUUUAAAGAAUCACAUCCCAUAUUUUUUUCUCUCACCUGGCCUUUUAGUAAUAUUAGCAUAUUAUCUUCUAAUAAGACAUCAAACAAUAUUAAUAAAUAAUAAUUAAAGGAGACUACGGUCUAUUAAGAAGAACAAGAAAGAGUUGACGUUUGAAGAGACUUCGGUUGUUCGGUUGUCAUCCCACAAGCUCCAGCUUGACUUAAAAUGAUUUAACUUUUUUUUUUUUCCGUCAAUUGAUUAUAUUAAACACCGGAUGAAAUACAAAAGCCGGCGGAACACGUUGAUAUCUCCGGAAACAAAAGUCCAUAGGAAAGACACUAAAAUCCAUACGAGGGCACCAAAGACCAAACUACAACAUAACUUAUAUAAACGCAAAUUCUUACAACUAAAUCUUCCUACAAUCCUUUAACAAACUCAUAGAUAGUAAAGUCAAGGCCAAAAAUAAUCACAAGACCACAUUCAACCAAGCUGAUAAGUGGCAAAAAUGACUUAACAGAACCGAAAUCACCUGAACUUCCUGUCUACGAUGAAAAGCCAGAACCACGCCGAAUAGCACCACACACACACCGACCCCAAACCAUGGGUCUAAGAACCAAAACACCCGGGACCAACCCCCCUACAAAACUGCAACUUCAUCCGAUUGAACCAAAACCUCAACCUCUUUAUACUGCUUCAAUCAUCCAAGAAGAAGCCACCGAGGAAACCAGAGAUCAGCGAACAAACCAGGAAGGAGACGAACUCUUAUUAAAAGCUGCAGCAAGGACUCCUUCACAACUGGAAAUGGAGAGGUGACACCAACCAACUUCUUCACAACAAGGAUGCUAAACCUGUUCUGCUCACGGAUUCGUCAUUAACGCCACUGCCGUACCGACACCAAGAAGAGACUAAAACAGCCAAUCUAUAAGGUAAAAAGGGAUUCAGAGGAUAUAACCUCUCCGUUGAGUAGAUAAGUAGGCAAAACAGGGGAGAUGAGCCAAGAUGGAGAGGAGCAUCAAAGCACAUCUGAACCUUUGAAACCCAACGGGUCAACACCACCACACGAAGGAGACACUCUCCACACGCCCCUAGCCACAUAACUAACCCACCCCGGAACAAGGAAGAUCUAAACCGCAGGAAAUAGCGAUUGACAUAUAAGCUAAACCGAAGACAAGACACAAUAUUACCAGAUCGAAAUUACUCUCAUAUGAAACCCUUCCUUCUCGACUCCUUGCAGCAUCUCGCUGCUACUCCAGCAACGUGACAGAAACUGUCUCACCGUUGUAAAUCCACCAGAAAAUCCAUGGAAAUCCAGAGUAACUCGCAUCUCGACGACGUGUGAAGAAGAGAAAUAGAGAUGGGUAACAGAGAUACAUAUAACGUAAUAACUUUUUCUAGACCACUUAAUUUCGUGAUUAUUCUUUUUCUGUUAAAUUUCGUAAUUAUUCUAUUAUCUAGUCUAUGAUGUGUCUCGCUAAUUCGUUCUAAUAAAACCUUUUUGUAUCUAAAAAGAGGAUUUCCGACCUAAUUAUAGAAUAUCUAUUCUUCUGAAUUUGUGAAAUAACCGUAUACAUAUUGUGCAUUUGCGUACAUAUAAUUAUUGUAUCCGAUCAAUACACGAAUAAUUAGUGUUUCAUAAUAAUAUGAAUCGAAUAUAACUGUUUUAAUCUUUUGGAUAUUUGUUUUGUGUUAAUCCUUAAAAGCUUUUAUUCUGUAAUUCUGAAGGACCAUAUAAAGGUUUAAAUGUAAGCUUUAGCUAGCUAAAAGAUGAGAUUCUAUCAAAAGCUGGAAGCUGGUCCAUUGGUACACAGCUUGAAACUUGGGACCAAUUUCAUAUUUAUAUUCUUAUAGAUAUACCAUAUUUGUGUUCCUCUCCUCAUCUAUUUGUAUUUAGUUAUACCAUCUUAAUAUUUUAUUAGUCUUUUAUAUUCCAGAGCGUAAGGGCUUUGAAGCCAAAUGCAAAAAUUGUUAGUUGAUGAUAUAUAAGUGGUUUUUUUUUUUUGUAACACGAUGAUAUAUAAAUGGUUAAUGAGAAUAAUUAUUACUCGAGAUCAUCCAUCUACUUUGGGUCUUAACUUCAUAAAUCUGUGAAUGUAUAUUUAAUGUUUUAGUUGAAAAUUAUUUGUAGAGAAUAAUAAUAUGUACAUGGGUUGAGGAAUGAUAGGAAUUAGAGUUGGAGGUAAUAAACAGAAAAAUGAAAUAUUUGAUUGUGAAGCGAAAUUGUCAAGCUGGAUCUUUAAUGAAAGGUCUCUCUCAAAAUUAAAAUAACUAAGGCACUUGCAAUAUUAAUAGUAACGGCAAAAGUGAGAGAAUGACAUUUCUUCUUCUCGCUGACAAAUUGCUAAUUGCCAGUAUAGUUCAUAUAAAGUUUAUCAAAACCGAAAUGAUAACGAAUCAUAAUAACAUAUACUUAAUCAUUUCUGUUCAUAAGCAUUAGUACGUAUUACACUAAUACUAUACUAAGAAAUCUAUAAGUAUCUGGUGAUAAAAAGAUUUUGUGGUGAAUGGUGAUCUAAUAGCUCUUGAGAGUACUAAGGAUCACUAGUUGUUUUACCUAGGAUAAAUGAAUUGUAUAUCUUAAAGGCGAUAUUAUCAAUAAUUGACCUUAAGAGAAUUAUGAGUGAACAUUUAGAAGGUUAGAAUUUAUAUAUAUACUAUAAAACAAAAAAAAAAUGUAUGCAUAAAUCUCAGAUAAUUAGUGAAAAUCACAUGCAUUUUAAAAACAAUUGACUUCAAAUAAUGGUCAAAACUUAAAUGAUAUACAUAACACCAUUAGUUGUUUAAGAAUACAUCAAAUACUAAAACCUAAAAUUUGUUUUAUAAGAUCCUAAAAUUUGUUUAUGUUAGUUUAAUAAACUUUUCUAUGUUAAGAAUUGUCUUCCUAAUUUUUCUUUUAAAUGAUUAUGUAUUGAAUAUAGAAAGUUUAAAUGCUUCUUAAAAUUUAAAAGACUCUUUAAAACAUUUCAAGCAGUUUACAACAAUUUGUGAAAUUAAAAUUGUUGAAAUACUUGAGAACGUCUUCACAAAGAUAACAUAAUAUGAAACAGUUCUUUUUAUAUAUAUAUACUAGGUAUUUUGCCCGCACAUGCGAACAUAAUCAUUUUACUAAUAAUUAUUAAUAUAUGUAUUAUGAUUUAAACAUGAGGAUAACUUAUUCUUAAUCAUUUUAGUUUUCUUCGAUUUUUAUUUUGGUCUAUGUCUCCCUAAGACAAAAAAAACUAUAAAAGCAUGAGAUUAUAAGAGCAUAAUUACAUAUCAAAUAUUCUACAUAAUAAAAUAAAUUAAGAAUGUGAAUUUUUGGUCUCUCUUAGUCUACUUUGUAUUUUUGAAUCAGAAACAUGUAUUAAAUUACCAAAAACACUAAAAAACACAAAAUACAAGCAAGAACAAAGUAAAUAAAAAGUACAUAAAAAUUAAAGUUCGAUGAUAAUUUAGAAGAAUUUUUUUUUGAAAACGAAUUGAGAAAAUGACAAUAUUUCAUUGGUUUACUUGAUCAAUAUAUACACAUUGACUUAUCUUAAUAUUUCAUAAGUUUACUUUUAAUAAAAGAAAAUAGAUAAUGAUAGUUUUAUUAUUAAAGUUAAAAUAUGGUUAAUUAUAUAAUGAUAAAUCUAAUUAUUAAUUAAAAAUAUAUAUAUUUUAGUCGUUUCAUAACAUGAUUACAUAUGCAACUCUCUAAACUUAAUAUCAAAGCAUAUUUUUCUUAUAGAUUAAACAUACACGAGAAAUAACUACAGAAUUAAUUCAUAAUACUUAAUUCAUAAUUCCAAACUCCAUGUAACAAAACCGACUUGCUCCUAGUCUUUCAAACUCAAAGAAAGAAAAAAAAAUAGAAUUCCAACUAAAAAAAAUAUCAAAA